UUUUUUCCCCUUUUUUUUUUUUUUUUUUUUACCUCUUGCCUUCCUCCCUCUCUGCUACCCUCUCUCUGUCUCCCUCUUUUCCUCUUUCUCUAUUUAGGACGACUUUAACCUGGAGCGCCCAUGUAUUUAUUAUGAGAAGACGUAAAAGAUGGAGCUUCACAUUCUAGAGCACAGCUUGAAAGUGGCGAGUAUAGAGAAGGAAGGUAUCCAGAUUUGCACUCACGGAUUAAUCAAACUCGCCUUCCUGGCCUCGAAAACCAGGUGCAAGUUCUUCAGCCUGACGGAGACGCCGGAGGACUACACUAUCAUCGUGGACGAGGAGGGCUUUAAAGAGCUGCCCGAGUCGGAGCACAUCAGCGUGGCCGAGGCCACGUGGUUGGCGCUCAACGUGGUGUCGGGCAGCGGGAACGCUUCCAACUUGCAGCCCAUCGGCGUCACCAAGAUCGCCAAAUCUGUCAUCGCACCGUUGGCCGACCACAACAUCUCCGUUUUCAUGCUGUCCACGUAUCAGACUGACUUCAUCCUGGUCCGAGAACGGGACCUGCCCAUGGUCAUGCACACGCUGUCUUCGGAGUUCACGCUACUGCGGGUAGUCAAUGGAGAAACCAUUGCCGCCCACCACCUGGGUGUGGCGAACGGUUUCGUCAAACCGAAACUCGUGCCGCGUCCAAUCAUCCACCCGCUGUCAAGCCCCAGUAACAUGUUCUGCGUGACCAGUCUGGAUCCGGACACGCUUCCCUCCGUGGCUACCCUGCUCAUGGAUGUUAUGUUCUACUCUGGGGGGUCGAAAGAAUCGGGCGCAUGCAACGAGGACGCCAGCCACAUUCGAUUCUUUUCUUUCUCCCUCAUCGAAGGCUACAUUUCGCUGGUCAUGGACGAGCAGACGACGCAAAGGUUCCCAAAUAAUGUUCUGUUCACCAGCGCGUCGGGCGAGCUUUGGAAAAUGGUCAGAAUCGGCGGACAGCCUUUAGGAUUUGACGAAUGCGGCAUCGUGGCUCAAAUAUCGGAACCCUUGGCGACUGCCGACAUUCCAGCAUACUACAUUAGCACCUUCAAAUUUGACCACGCCCUGGUUCCUGAGGAAAACAUCCAGAGUGUGAUCGGAGCGCUGAGGACCGAGAGCAACCUGGUGUAGCAAGUAUUGAAGGAGGGGGGGGGGGGGGGGGGGGGGGUUCCCAAAAACUGCCAAGAGCUAAUUGGCGCACCACUGCAGAUCAGCUUGGAGGAAAGUGUGAAGGGGAUUUUGUGGCUCAGCCGUUUUUCCACCUAGCCCGCUUCUUUUUUCCCUUUUGAUGCCAGCUAAGGGUACGGUCACCCUGCUGGCCCCGCUCCCUGCUGACCUCACCUUCAUAGUUGUUGCCACUUCAACACCCCCCCCCCCCCCUGCACCUACUGUGUCAGUUACAAAAUCCCCCCCUAGUGGAAGGAUGAUGAAUGUACUCGCAAGAAUUAUUACAAGCUUUUCAGUCUUUUUCCCCCCCCCCCCUAUUUCUUGUUUUGAUUUUGUUUUUUUUCCCACAAUUUGAGAA